CACUUCCGGGCGCCGGCACGCAGCGUCGGCGGCGGAUUCAAACCGACGAGCUGUGGUCUCCGAGAUUGAAGAAGCGGUAGGGGGCCUGGUUGGUCCUCGGCGCCCCAGCUUUCCUGAGUUCCUGGGCGGCUCCGAGCCUCUUGGAAGCCGAGGAGGCGGGUGCCUGAGCGGGGUAUGGCGGUCUCGGCCACAGUCUCCCAGAGGAAGCGGAUCAGGCGCAGAGCUCCCCGCGGCUUCCUCAGGCGCGUCUUCCAGCGGCGGAAGCCCCACCUUCGUCUGGAGAUGCGCGGCGAUGUCCUGGUUCAUUUGAACUGUUUACUGUUUAUUCAUCGGUUAGCAGAACAGGCCAGGAUAAAUGCUUGUGAGGAUAAAUGUGGAAUCAUUAAGAAGGAUCAUGUGUUGGCUGCAGCAAAGGUAAUUCUAAAGAAGAGCAGGGGUUAGAAGUCAAAGAACACAUUUUUGAAAAUUAUAUGAUGGUUUAUUUUAGGUGUUAACAUGUUAUAAAAUCACUUUUUACAUGUUAAUUUAUACUGUGGAUUAUUAAAAUAUUGGUAGGAUGAAGAAUGUGUGUAUUUGCAUAUU